CGGCGUCCAGCAAAACACCAAGCAGUCGGAGCUUUCCAGAAAGGCUUUAUUACGUGCAAGCUUAUACUUCAUGGCUCUCUAGCCUUGGCUCUAAUAGCGCUUGCCGGAGAUGUUGAACUCAACCCUGGAUAUAGGAGUUUGGAGGAUGUUAGGAGUUCACGAGGAUUGAGGCUUGCUCAUCUAAAUAUUCGAAGCUUGAGGAACAAAUCAGACUCGCUGCGCCUGGAGGGUUUGGAUAACAGAACGAUCGAUAUUCUUACACUCAGUGAGACUUGGCUGGAUGACUGCUAUGAAGACUCUCAUGUUAUUAUUCCAGGAUAUAAUUGCAUUCGCCUGGAUAGGUCUGGAGCCAAAGAAGGUUUUGGUGGAGUAGCAAUCUAU